AAUAGUCCGCCUCACUUACACUGCGUAUAAGGCAGGUAAAAGCCACGCACACAAGUGUGGUGCGACCACACUGGAGGCCGACCGGCCGAAGACAUAAAGCGGCGCUCACGGCGCUCGCUCACAGCGACUGUCUGCAUCUGAUACUACUGACUCUGGAAGAAGCAAGACAACUCAUAAGCGAACAUCAGGACUGCGUUGUGGUGACCAAAGGAGACACUGCGCGUACUGCCCGCUGGGGCCCAUGGCGGUUCUCACAGCCGCGGCCCGCACGGGCUGCGCGCUGCUGCGCGGCGCCGUUCUUCUGCUGGUUCUACAAAUGAUCAUGCCGUCGACAGAAUUCAUUCCGCUGACGGUGGUUGAGGCUCAGUCGGCGGCCAGCGCUUCCGACCCCCAGUGCGUGACCGAGUUCAAUGGCUCGAUCCCCGAGGGCAAGGUCUGCCUGUACAACUGCCAAGCCCCACCGUCGCCGCCCCGCCCUCCGUCUCCUCCUCCUCGUCCCCCCCGGCCGCCGCCACCUCCUGUACCCUCUCCUCCUCCCUCUCCUCAGCCUCCGUCUCCGCCCUCUCCUCCUCGUCCUCCUCGGCCGCGGCCGCCGCCUUCUCCCCCGCCCCCCUCUCCUCCUCCUCCUCCGCCUCCGCCCUCCGUGCCCCCUCCUCCCUCGCCUCCUCCUUCCCCUCCCGGCGUUCCCUCUCCCCCUCCCUCGCCCCCUCGCCCCCGCCCGCCUCCGCCUCUGCCUCCUAGCCCUGCACCGGGCGUGCCCCCUCCUCUGGACGCGUCGCCGGCUCCCCCUAGCCCCGCGCCCCCCAGCCCCCGCCCCCCGCGCCCUCCUCCACGCCCCCCUUCCCCCCCGCCCGACCCGGUGACCUCCGACCCCCCUCCCCCGGCUGCUCCCCCUCCAUUCCCCCGCCCGCCUCCCUCCCCUCCUCCUCCCCCUCCCAACCCGCCCUCCCCUCCUCCCCCCUCGCCUCCUCCCCCGUCUCCUCCCUCCCCCCCUUCCCCGCCUCCCCCGCCUCCUUCUCCCCCGCCCCCUCCUCCCUCCCCUCCCUCCCCUCCCAACCCGCCCCCCAACGCGCCGCCGCCGUGCUUCUGCACCUGCUACGACAUACCCAACCCCAUCACCGGUCGCGUGCUCGCCGUGGGUGGCGUGUCGGGCGCCCUCUCCAGCCGCCCUGCCCGCAUCAGCCUGGCCUCCGACGGCGGCUUUGUCAACGCCACCUACACAAACGGAACCGCCUACAUCCUGGGCGCCAAGGACAGCUCCACGGGCGCCUCUUUCGCCGACGUCACGCUGUGGAGCAAGCUCCCGAAGAAGUACUUCAACCGCACCAUCAUCUCGCCUCUGUCGGGCCUGGCAUCCGUGCUCAACGAUGAGUCAGAUCUGGACAGCGCGAUGAGUCGCUACGCGCGGCGGUUGGGAGUUAGCAGCUCGUACACUGGCGGUCUGGCGGGCUACGACUACGUCAACGUGACGGUUGAGGCGCCAACCACCAAGAACUACUCGCAAAAGGGCGUGGCGGUUGCCCUGGCCAACUACCAGGUGCUGGGCACGGUUGUCAAUAUCGCCUCGCUAUUCACCACCCUGUACGGCGCCUCGUCACGUGACGCGCUGGAAGCGGUGUGGACCGGCCUCGCGCUGAUGCUCAACAUCGAUGGAGUGAGGCUGGAUGACACACUCGGCGUGUCCACCGUGGCCGACGCCUCCCUGGCUGCGCUGUUGGGCUCCGACGAGUCUGACCUGUUCAGCAACCUGUACGGCGGAGGCGCCACGGAUCUGUCUGGCCUCCUGGCGCUGAUCAACGGUCUGGGAGGCAGCACCACCAGCACCAGCAGCCCCAGCGGCACGAGCAUCAGCACGAGCACGAGCGGAAGCAGCGGAAGCACCAGCACCAGCAUCAGCACGAGCGGAAGCGGUGGCAGCACCAGCGCCACCAUCACGACCGGCAGCGGUGGCACCUUCACCACCACCACCACCAGCGGCGGCAGCACCAUCACCACCACCGGCAGCGGCAGCACCAUCAGCAUCAACGGCGGCGGUGGCCUCAACUCCAUCAGCUUCGUCGGUGGUCGCCAUCGUGCUGCCCGCCGCAGCGCCAUCGCCUCAACCCGCUUUGCCGACGCCGCCGCUGCCGAGUUCGAGCCGGAGCCGAGCUCCGAGGAAGAAGACGGUGGCUUCGCAUCGCGGCAGCGGCUGCUGUCGCAUGAGAUUGUGCAGCUCGCGGAGUGGAUUGCCGCCGGCCGCCGCGCGCGCAUGCAGGGUGCCGGCGCGGAGGCUGCUCCCCACCGCCACCAGCACCACCAUCGGCGGCUGCGGACGGCUGGGGUGCUGGGCGCGCGCCGCCAGCUGCUGCAGAACAACUGGGCCUUGCAGGACAACGUCACGCUGGCCCUGGCGGUCUCCCUCGCCCAGUCCAACGCGCUCAUCACCCAGCAGCUGGCACUGGUGGGCAGCAGCAACGAGCCGCUGUCGGGCAUCCUCACCGUUGCCGGCCAGGUCGUUACGGUGCUUACCACCUCCAUGCCCAGCGCCGCCUCCAAGAUGGGUGCCGGCACGCUGAGCUACUCGGACUUCAACGCCACCUACACCGGCGACGGCCUGACGCAGGCGGUGACCCAGGCCAGCUUCUCCACGGCUGCCGGCACCGGCAGCAGCGACGACAAGAACACGGGUCUGAUGAUCGGCGUGAUCAUUGCCAGCGUGGCGGCGGGCCUGCUGCUGAUUGCGCUGGUCGCGGUGCUGAUCGUCAAGCGCAAGAGGAGCAGCAACGCCGUGGCGAACCUGCGUGACGAGAAGGCGGCUGCGGAGCCUGCGUAAGGCUUUGCUUGGUGUUGACGGCUCGCCGUCGUGUCUUGUGUGCAUCCGAGUUCGUGUGUCAUGUGUGAGCGUGUGUAUGUGCGUGUCCGUUGGAGCCUUGGGGGCUUUGCGUGGAUGCAAGCUCUGCUCAUUUUGACGUGUUUGCAUGACCGCGUCGUGUGGUGCCUUGCGGCGCGCAUGGUGCCAACUCUAAAUAAUCGUGUGGCAUUCCGUUGGCUUGGCACGUCCGUGCCAGGGCUAAUGCCCUCGUCACACAAGCUUACAUUCAAUUCCGUGAGGACAAGAAGUACGGUAUAUAACACAAUCAUCCCUACCCCUUCAUGGACUGGGCGUUGGGGGAAGGCUUGCAUGCUUGCGGCGGUGCCGCUGUGGUGCACUGCUGGCUGGCUUAAUUCCUGCAUACUAUGAUUACUCGGGUGGAAAAAACGAGACAAGGAACAUGAAUGAGGGUCCGCCAAUAUAUAACGGUGCAAAACGCCGUCGGCGGGGCUCAACUACUCAACCUACCUAUCAAACGCACGCGUGCCACGGCCGCGCCGUUUGUUUCAUUAUGCACAGAGGCAAUGCGCGAGUUUGCGUGUGGGCGUAGACUCAGUCCACGAGGCGCCGAAAGGUGUCGAUGGGCCAGGAUUUGCGGGGCGUGAGGUGCUGUGUGGUUGAUGUUUGCGUGACAUACGACGCCGUACGAAUUUAUAUAGCGUUUCGCACAUCAACACUCUGCUGUAUGCCUGCGUGUCCUUGUUACAACUGUUUCAGUGGCUGGCAAGAAAGGGCCUCCGUUCGUGCGUGCUGCGCGAGCAGGCCACACGGGGCUAUUGCUGCUAUUUGACAAGGCAUCAGGCCUCCGGGUUGUAACAACCAUUCAUU